AUGGAACUAACCAACCUGAGUCGACAACAGAAUGUAAGGACCAAUAGUCAACUUGCUGGUUUAAAUCCCUUUAUAGAUGAAAAAGGAAUAUUAAGAGUUGGCGGUCGUCUCAAACAUUCAGAAUUGGGUUAUAACAUGAAACAUCCUAUUAUUCUACCUAAAAACCAGUCCUUUACUACAAUGAUCAUCAACCAAGUGCACCUACAUAACUUACAUUCAAGCUUGUCGGUUACUAUGACCCUUUUUGGACAAAGAUAUUGGAUCAUACACAAUAGAAGCUCUGUCAAAAAGGUGUUACAUAACUGUAUUAAAUGUUAUCGAUUUCGAAAAGCAACAUGUCACCAACUUAUGUCUAAUCUACCUACAUCCAGAAUUACACCAGCAACUGCUUUUGAAAGAGUAGGAGUCGACUUUGCCGGCCCAUCCAAUGUCAAAUCCAUAUUGCGCUGUCCUACCUUCACAAAAUCCUUCCUAGCGCUAUUCAUAUGUUUGACUACUAAGGCAGUACAUUUAGAAAAGGUAGAUGGACUGAGUACUGAAGAUUUUAUUCCUACAUUAAGACGCUUUAUUGCUCGUCGAGGACAUCCAAGUAUCAUUAGUAGUGACAAUGGAACAAACUUUACUGGUACAAACAACAAAUUGUGUGAGCUAUAUAAACUAGUUCAGAAACCUGAUCAUCAGAACUCUGUUACAUUAUUCUGUCAGUCGAAGGAAAUUCAGUGGAAAUUCAUUCCACCUGCUUCACCUUAUCAUGGAGGGUUGUGGGAAUCAAAUAUAAAGUCUGCCAAGGGUAUUCUAAAUAAAGUUACAGGAGACAUGUGCUUUACUGCAGAAGAACUAAACACCUUGUUUUGCCAAAUUGAAGCGAUUCUAAACUCCAGACCACUUCAAGCUGUCUCCAUGGAUACCACUGACUAUUCAGAUUUAACCCCUGGGCACUUCCUUAUAGGAAUCUGUCAAGCUGCACUUUCAACAGGAAGGCCACUUCUAGCCUUGCCAGAACCAGAACUAACGGAAGUUCCUAUGAAUCGUUUGACUAGAUGGAACCUCAUACAACAACUUCAACAGGGAUUCUGGAAACGGUGGACAUCCGUAUAUUUAUGUACAUUACAGAACAGACCAACGUGGCGAUUUACUCAACCCAAUCUACAAGUGGGCAACCUUGUCAUAGUUAAGGGCAUUCAGACUUCACCUACACAGUGGCCUUUAGCUCGAAUCACUCAACUGCUUCCAAGUAAAAGUGAUGGCCAAGUAAGAGUGGUUAAAUUACGUACUACUGCAGCUGUGCUAACAAGACCCAUCACAAAAUUAAUCAAGUUGCCUAUUGAUCAAUAA